AUGGCAACGAUUGAUCAUAGUGUUCAAGAUGAAUUAGUCGACUAUGAAGAUGAUGAAAAUAUAUUAGAUACUAAAGACGUAAAAGGAAAUUUAGAAAAUAAUAUAUUAAAUAAUAAUAAUAAAGGAGUUAAUGAAAAUGGUGCUAUGAGAGGAAGUUAUGCUACUGUUCAUACAGGAGGGUUUAAAGAUUUUUUCUUAAAACCAGAAUUACUAAGAGCAAUUAGCGAAAGUGGUUUUGAGCAUCCCUCGGAGGUACAACAGGAAACCAUCCCGGCUGCAAUAACAGGAACGGAUAUAUUGUGUCAGGCAAAAAGUGGGAUGGGUAAAACGGCUGUUUUCGUUUUGUCUGUUUUACAGCAACUGGAUACGAACGAUAACAAAGAUUUAAAAGAGGAGAAGGAAUUAAAUAAUAACAGUAAUGUUAGUGGAACCAUGAAUAAUAGUAAUGCUAAUAAUAGUAAUAACGUUUCAAAAAAUAAAUAUGUUAGAUGUCUUGGUUUAGCACAUACACGUGAAUUAGCAUAUCAAAUAAAAAAUGAGUUUGAUCGAUUUAGCAAAUAUUUAAAAAAUGUACGUUGUGAAGUAGUAUAUGGUGGUAUAGCAAUGGCUAAGCAUAUUUCAUUAUUUAAAGAAGAUAAUAUACCACAUAUAAUAAUUGGUACACCUGGACGUAUUUUAGCAUUAAUAAGAGAAAAAUAUUUAGUAACAGAUAAAAUACAGCAUUUUGUUCUAGAUGAAUGUGAUAAAUGUUUAGAAAAAUUAGAUAUGAGAAGUGAUGUUCAGAAAAUUUUUAUUUCUACUCCUUUGAAGAAACAAGUUAUGUUUUUCUCAGCAACUAUGGCAAAAGAAAUGAGAGAUGUGUGCAAAAAAUUUUUACAGAAUCCUGUGGAAAUAUUUAUUGAUGAUGAAGCAAAAUUAAAAUUACAUGGUCUAUUACAACAUUAUGUUAAAUUACAAGAAAAAGAUAAAACAAGAAAACUAAUCGAAAUUUUGGAUGCUCUCGAAUUUAAUCAAGUUAUUAUAUUUGUAAAAUCUAUUACAAGAGCUAUUACACUAGAUAAAUUAUUGACAGAGUGUAACUUCCCAUCAAUAGCUAUACAUGGUGGUUUAGAACAAGAAGAAAGAAUUGAAAGAUACGAUAAAUUUAAAAAAUUUGAAAACAGAAUAUUAGUUUCUACAGAUUUAUUUGGUAGAGGAAUAGAUAUAGAAAGAGUUAACAUUGUCAUUAAUUAUGAUAUGCCUGAAAACUCAGAUUCGUAUUUACAUAGGGUCGGAAGAGCAGGACGAUUCGGCACCAAAGGAUUGGCAGUUACUUUUGUUUCAUCUCAGGAAGAUACUUUAGCAUUAAAUGAAGUUCAAACAAGAUUUGAGGUAGCUAUUUCGGAAAUGCCAAAUAAAAUUGAUUGUAAUGAGUACAUUAACCAGUAA